AUGGAUGACAGAAUUCUGAAAGCAGUAUUAUGCAGUUGUGAAAGUGCCACAAAAGAUCUUGAAAACUCAGAGGACUAUCAAAAAUUAAUAAACGAAGAAAAAUUUUUACCAACAUCUAGUAAUAUAUUUAACGCAUUAUGUUUAUCUUUGACAAAUUUGUUGUCUUACAAGGUAUCAAAGGAAGCUUAUCAACGUUAUACUGUGAGACUUAAUAUAAUUGAUGUUCUACGAGAUUGGUGUAGGAUAUCUGAGGCAUUUAAAAAGUUCCCAAUAUUUAGAGAUGGAAAGCAAACAUCUACAUUUCUUAGAAGUCUGUUGGACAAACAUUUGACAAAUGAUUUCAUGUAUACAUGUGAUUCAACUGAAAAUCUGUUACCAUUAACUAGUGCUUUAAUGUGCUUGGCAUCUACAGAUUCAUAUUAUAAGUAUCAUGUAGAAAAACUGCUUGUCAAACUUACAGAAUUGGAAUCUUGUGAUGAAAGUGAACGAUUAUUAUGUUAUGCUGUGCAAAAGAAAUCAAAUUUGAAUCUUGAACUUUCAACAGUAGAAAAUAUAUAUGAUUCGCAAAGAUGCAAGCUGAUAGAACAACCAUUGCUAAAUUAUCUUGUGUCGUCUUGUACAGAUUUAAAUGAUGAUGAUAAUACAAACAAUUCAGAGGGUGUAAAUAUGGUAGAUCAGUUAUUUGAAUUUGCUAGUGAGUCUUCAUGUAUUUUCCUUCUAGUAUGUGCCUUUUUAAAAGAAUUGCUUGUACAUUUAGAUCAUUGUCCUGUAGUAAUAAGUUUUAUACAAUCAAUUUUGAAUCGUAUUAAAGAAUGUUGUGAAAAUCAAGGUAAAGAUAUUUUAGACCUUUAUCCGAGAAACUUGCAAUCUAUUGUGAUUUUGUUGCAUAUAGAACCUACAUAUCAUACAGAUGACUCUAAGAAUACUGCCUUAAGAGUAUUAAAAAACAUACAUUCCGAGGAUAAAGAUACUGCAAUAACUUUGCUGUCACAUUUCCCCCAGUGGUUGAAAUUAUUUGGAGAACAACUUUCCAAUUCGGACAGUAUUUAA